CACCGCGAGGAGCAUCACGCCACUGCUGUUGUCCGUGCCAUCGCCGUCGCCACUGGUCCAGCAUGGAGCCGCCGUCAAAAUUGAGUCACGGAGAGAGAUGGCUCGCAAGUGAGGGGUGGUCAUGGGCUUGGAGCUGCCGGGCCUUCGUCGCUGUCGUCCAACGUGAAGCCAGCUACUGUCGUUGCUUCUCUCAGUCGUCCCUGCUGCCGCCGUGCCGUCGAGGAGGGGGCCGUCGGGUCGCACAGAGUGAGAGAGGGAGAAAGCACAGGAGCAGAGGAGAGAGAGGAGAGACCUGCGCUGGCCACCGUCGCUUCUGCCGCUCGGAACCCUGCUGCCGUCAUCGGAAGACUCUGUCGCCGCCGUCUAGGUCGCGUGGAGGGAGGAAGAGCCACUGGGUGACGCCGCACCUUGCCUCCACCGCCCUAUCGCCAAAAACCACCACUGAAUCCUCUGUAUUGAUGUUUAUGCUGUUGCAAAAGUGUGUGGGGUUGUGCUUUGAAGCUGCCGUUGAUUUUGGGUUGAAGCUAAAGGACAUUUGUGAGGCGUUUGGGAUAUGGUUUUGCAUAUCGAGGGUUAUGGAAUGGUUUGGAUGGGACCUGGAAAGGGUGACAAAGUCCAAGUUUUAGCGGAGGUGCUGCCAAAAUUCCGAUGGGAUCCGAGGCUUUAUCAAAAUAUCAUUUGGAAAAUUAUGAGCUUAAGACUUUUACUAUGUUACUUAAAUCAUUUAAGAAAGUUAUGAAUUAUGUUUUGAAACGAAUUAUCAAAAAUAGAAUUAUGACUUGGCUUUGUUUUCUAAGAAAAAUAUCAUGUUUGGGUGGGAGUUGUUUGGAAGAGUUUUUGCUUUAAAGCUGUUUCAAAGGUGAAAAGGUUUAUAUAAUUGAAUUUAAUUUAAAGAUUUUUACUUAAAAGGGUUUUAGUGACUUUGAAAGGACUUGGUUUUCGAUUGAUAAAUUCUCAUUUUUCUUUGACAUUUUAAGAAAGGUUUAAGUAUCCUUAGAUUUCUGGUUUAGGAAAAACUAAAAUGAUUUACGAGUCGUUGAAAAUGUUUCAGAUUUUAAUAUGGGGUUGAGAUUGGUUUGGUUUAAGUACAAGAAAUGGUUUUGAAAAUAUGGGUGGACUAAUUAAUUACACGACUCGAUUUGGCUUAGAUCUCUAUUUUAUUCCUCACAUCAGGAAUCCAAGGUUUUAAGGAUUUUAAACGAAUUGGAGGAAAUGAAUUAUGUUAUUCUCCCCUAAAGACUUAAGACUCUGUUGAGGAACCUUUGUCACCAAAUCCUGCUUUAGUAUGAAUGAUUUUGAGUCUCUCAGAAAAGACUUUUGAUUUCGUGUAGUUUUUAAAAUAUUAUGGAAAGAUGUUGAGGAAUGUGACUUUCUUUUAAAAAGAGAAAUAUACGUUUGAAGAAAAGUGGCUAGUGAGCCUGUAAUGAUUAUGAGAAAUCGGGAGUUUAAAGUUAAGGUUGGAAGGAAUUGAUUUUGAUUUCGAAGUAAAAAGAUUUGAGAAAAAGUUAUUUAUGGCUUAAACGAUGAUUAUAUGUUUGAUGAUGUUAGAUGGUGGAAGUGCUGUUAUGCUAUGAGCCGGAUGACUGUAUAUAAUAAUGAAAUAUGGUUGUUUGUGGAAUAUGUUAUGAGCCGGAUGGCUAAGAUGAAUAUGAAUGAGAAUUGACUUGAUAAAGUGAUUGUUGCACUUCCAACUAUCUGAGAUAUGAGUUUUCCUGGGUGAAGGCAGUGGCUAGCCACCACGUGCUCCAGGUUGAGACUCGAUACUCUGUUGACACUAUGCCGUAAGUGUGACCAGACACUGUGAAAGUUUCAGAUGAGCUCGUCCCCGUGGAUAAGCACCAGUGUGGGUGUUGUAUAUAUAUAUAUUGGUAAUUAUGAUUGUGGAUAACUCGAGUUGGGGAUGCGCGACAGAGGGACAGUCCAAUGGUUAGCUACCAGGAUUUGUCGAGUUGGCUUUAUAACCGACAGAUGAGACUCAUCAACCAUUAGGACAGGCAUGCAUCAUAUGCAUUUAUGUGACAUUGUUUGGGCGUGCAUAUUGUACUUGGUUUGCCUAUGUGAUUAAUUAUAUUUAAUUGCUAUUUGCUCUACUUGAAAUAACCCUUUGUCUGUGCUUGAACAUUCCUACUUGUAUUUGUAACUAAUAAAUUGGUUGGAUUGUGGUGGAUGGUCUGUUGUUUGGAUUGUUUGAGCCUAGGGCCGUAGUUGAUUAAAAGGUGGGCCAAAGGCCGUGUUUGAUUUGUGUUUUUGGUCUAGGAAAGUAUGAAAAACUAAAUUGAUUUAAGAUAGACUUAAUGAACCUAUGCUUAGAAUAUCUUGGUCAUUUAUACUGUCUAGGAAAGACUUUUCGAAGGGCUUUUGGAUUUUGAAGAAUUGACAAUUGUCCCUUUCAGAAAUCAUUUCGGAAAUUUGAUAUUAAAUCUUUGGUUUGAAAAGAUGUAUAAGGUGGUUAUUAAUCACUGUAACGAUUUUAUCUCGUGUAUCCUAUUAUAGUAAUUCUGCGACCCUAUAGUGAGAACCCUUUCGAGGAUGAUGUUCUCAUUCCCCUACAGGUCUUCUCUUUUUCAGGUUACGGACGACGAAGUUUAGAAGAGCUUAUUUCUUUUCUGUUAGACGAUAUUUUUGUAUUGUUUUAGUAUUUAUGUUUCGCUCACCUUUAACUUUGCAAGUUUUGUAAGAGGGAUAGGAUUUUGAUAUGAGAUGCUUGUAAAUUAAUAUGUAUAUGUAAAUAUAUAUGUAGUUCUUGUGAGUAUUGUAAUUUAUAUUGUAAGCAUGAAUGUAUGUUUUUG